CGAGCUAGCGUUGGCAGCACUGCACGGCCGAAGGGAGGAGCGUAAACAUGGCCGACGUGACCACGGACUCCACCCGCCGCCUCGUCUCCAAAAAACAGACCCUCGACGAUGCCUACGCGGCUCCGGCGAACUUCCUGGAGAUCGACGUCGUGAACCCCAUCACCCACGGCGUCGGCAACAAGAGAUACACGGACUACGAAGUGCGCAUGAGGACCAAUCUCCCGGUAUUCAAGGUGAAGGAGUCUAGUGUUCGGCGAAGAUACAGCGAUUUCGAGUGGUUAAGAAAUGAAUUGGAAAGAGACAGCAAGAUUGUUGUUCCCCCACUACCUGGAAAGGCACUUAAGCGGCAGUUACCUUUCCGAGGGGAUGAUGGUAUCUAUGAAGAGGAAUUCAUUGAGGACCGACGCAAAGGACUAGAAGUUUUUAUCAACAAAAUCGCAGGACACCCUCUUGCACAGAAUGAGAAGUGCCUACACAUGUUUAUUCAAGAGCCAGUUAUUGACAAAAAUUAUGUGCCUGGCAAAAUCCGUAACACGUGAGCCGGCCUCACCUCCCACCUUGUUCCAGUGGCUUUCUUGGGUAUUUUGUGUAGCCACCUGAUGCUCUUACAAUCUUGUUUCAGAUCUGUUAUAUGUGAGAAUGGAUUAAAGUUAUAUGUUUUGCUGAAAGGCACUCCUUGCAAUUCCAGCAGAAUUCCUUACUCUCUUCACUGCCCUGCCAUGUCACCAUUACCAUGCAUAUCUAGUAAUUAUUUUUGAGAUUAUCUUCCCUCAUACAGGUAGAUAUUUAGUGCUUGAGACACAUCUGAUUCCUGUAUCACCAUUAUUGUAGAUACGCUUUAAUUUUCACAAUAUGUCAUCACCGCAGAGGUAAUCAAAUACAUUGUGAUUGUGCCGUAAAUAUGAAGUCCUUAUGGUAAUUUCUAGUUAAGUAUUCCCCAUUUAUUAUUCCACAUGGAUUUCAGUUACUCAUAUGUCAUGAUACAGUGUGUGGCUAUUGCUGUGUUAUUAAUGUUGCAGCUAGUAGAUAGAUGCAAUGCAAACAUUAAAAACAUGGCAGGAUGAGUGAUAUUUCAAACUGGCAAAAAUCACCACCAAAUAUUUAAUUGGUUGAUGCUUGUUGGUGAAUAAGAGCAUUAUAUAAGAAUUAGUAGUGCUGAAGUAUAUUUAUGAGUUUGGGAGAAAAUGAUAUGUAUUUUAAUAAACAAAAUUUAACUGCCACCACUGCAUGCACUUAAUAUGCAAGGUGAAUUGGUGGUUUAAAAAUGGUCACCAAAGGUUUACAUUAAGAAUUUAUUUUGUGACAUGUCAGGGUAUACAGGCUGCAUGUUCUGUUUCCUGAGUUACUUCUUUUGAAAGUUUAGAUUCACAUAUUUACUUUACUCAUCAUUUAAGUUUUCCUUGAAUACUAUUGGAGUUUGCAUUUAGGUUUGUCUUUUACUUGAUCUGUCAUGGCUGUUUCUGUAAGACACCCUGAACAUAAAAUUUGAACAAUGUGAUAAAUCAGUACUCUACCAAUAAAUAUUAAUAUGUAUGUAA